AUGUCGAUCGAACCCGAAGCUCCCUACAUUCACGCUGCAAGCAGAGAUUUCUACGAAAGGGUCACACCGAGUAUGUUGAUUGACUACGUCAGAGGUGCGCGUGGUGCGCCUCUCUUUGGCAUGGGUGGAAAAUACGACGGUUUGAAUCUCACGGAGAGAGGCAAGAAAGCUAGCAACGCUGUGUUUGACACUCUUGUACAGUUACGCUCUGCCCAAACCAUUCUUGAAAAACGCUUUCGUCCCGAGGAUGCUCGCGGUUAUGAUGUCCCAGUCAUGCACUAUGGACUCGCGCUGUCCGACAGGGAGGUUUUGCAGUGGGCAGAGCUCGCAGAGAUAGAACUUCCUCUUGGGACUACUGAUCCAGAGGCGAGGGAGCGGCGAAGGCACACCGCAUCGUACUUAGAGCGCACGCGCUCGCGAUUGCUCAAGCACUUGCAAGAGUACCCCGGCGCGCCCGCGUCGCUCGAAUGGCCGGCCUGUUUCACGAGCCGGGAGCGCCCCAGGGUGUUGAGCCUGUACACCAACUACGAUCACGAAGCGACGAAGGAUUUCGAAUGCGCCAUCCUCGAAGAACUUCGCCGUAUUGAAGGUUGGGAUUCUGCGCGGAACUUCAAGUGGUAUUGGGAUCUCACACAUUGUGGCAUGAGGUACAUUGCUCCGUGGCGGGAGUACAAUAUCUGGCCCGAUGCAGAAGACUUGUCUGGCGUCAAGACAAUAUAUUUCUCCGGGAACAAGUGUGCAUCCUGGUCAUACAAAGUUGCGGAAGCUACUUCUAUCAAACGCGGGCGUCUUCCCUCGCGUGUUGGACAGACGUUGAAACCGGCGAAGAACGGAGCACUGGAUAAAUCCUCCAUCUACUAG